GUAUAGUACAUAUGUAUAAUACUGGUGGAUGGAUGGAUGGAUGGAUGUAUUGAGAAAAUGUGAUAGAUAAAUGCAUCCCUGUGUAAUUGUAGAGCGUAAGUCUAGGGUCUCACGGGAGUCCAGGGAACCACGUCAGGAGGCAGGAAGGGUAUCGUAUUCAGUAAGCACAAUAGGUCUACGUAGAUACAGCGAUUUACCGAGCCCUACCGUGUCCUGCACGAGGGGGCUUCCUCACGUGACGUCCCUUUACAAUUACCUGAGAUGUCUGCCUGGGCUGACCGAGAAGUCCGGGGGAGGAUCAGGGUCACUUGCCUGCCUAUUACGGUUAGCCUUAUCAGAUGCUCGGUCUAAUCUUAUCAGAUCCUGCCUAGACCCGCUUUGCAUGUGAGUGACUAUAACAUGCAAUGACUGUCCCUCGUUCCCAACGACGAAAGCUUCGUUUAUUUAGAUCUUAGGAGACGUAGCUGAGACCAAUAAUAAAUUGCGAAUACCGACUACUUUUGUGAGACUUUGAAAGCAUGGCUGCCACUUUUUGCCCUGAGGAUCGGUCUUUUGGACCUACCACCUCGACACAAUGCAGACAUGGACUCGAUUUCACACUACUUUUCCAGGAAAGUUUUUUGACUAUUUUGCCAGCAGCUUUGAUGAUCAUUGCUUCCACUAUACGGGUGUUCUUUCUCCGUAACAGGCGGAAGGUGGUCCUUAGCCAUUCGUUUUAUGAUGUUAAAUUUAUCAAUGUGACAUUCCUUGUGAUCCUACGCUUUGCUCUCCUCGUGCUAUGGGUUACCCAGGCUCCGCUAAGAUCAGAGGUUUCAGUGCCAUCCGCUGUGGCGUAUUUCCUCGAAUCUCUCGCUUUCAUGGUACUCUCUCGUUCGGAGCACUUUUAUUGCCUACGGCCAAGCACACUCCUGAACUUGUACCUCUUACUGUCGUUGGUAUUUGACUUUAUCCGGAUAAGAACACUUUUAAAUAUGGGUUACUACUCACUAAUCGUGUCACUGGUUGCGGCGGACAUGGCGAUCAAAGUAUGCCUCCUCUUCCUUGAAGGGAAGAACAAGAGAGCCUAUUUUUCGAAUGCGGACUCAGAGCGCCCACACCAAGAGACAAGUGGUAUUUUGAACAGAAGUGUAUUUUGGUGGCUCAACUCUUUGUUCCUCACAGGAUACAACAAAGUGUUAGUUUUAGAAGAUCUCUGUCAUCUGGACGAAGAGAUAGCCUCAGAGAAACCCAUCCAAAAGUUUGAAAGAAAGUGGGAAUCAACGUCGCACGUACAGAAGCGCAGACUGUUUAAGGCCAUCGUCUUGUCGUUACUGCAUUUAUUUGCUGCCCCUAUUUUGCCCAACCUGUUGGUAAUGGCACUUACUUUCGCCCAGCCAUUCCUUGUAAGCGCCAUGUUGGACUUCAUUGCAUCAACCUCUGAAUCGAAGGAGGUUGGAUACAUAAUUGUUGUUGGCUAUGCACUUGUCUAUAUCAGCAAAGCUAUUUGCACUGCAUUCUACAUGCACCAGCUUGAUAGAUUUGCUACCACACUUCGCGGAUGUUUGGUAAGCAUUAUUUACAAGAAAACUCUCCGGCUAGAUCUGAAAGAAGCUGGAAGGGGCGAAAGCUUGACACUUAUGAGCGCCGAUGUUGAACAUAUUGUGAAAGGGUUUCCCCUUCUACAUGAGAUUUCGUCAAAUACUGCUAUGACCAUCAUAGCAUUGGCCCUACUCUAUCGAGAACUGGGUUUAGCCUUUAUCGCACCGUUGGUAUUCUCUACAAUUUUGUCUUUGGUGUCAGGCCUUGUGGCUCAACCUUUGAUGACUCGACAAAUGGUUUGGCUCGAAGCAACAGAAGAGAGAGUUGCCCUCACUGCAUCUACCAUUGCUUCAAUGAAGGGUGUUAAGAUACUGGGCCUAGUUGAUAUGGUGGGAUCAACGAUCCGAAAAUUGCGGCACAAGGAAGUUAAAUGCGGAAAGAAAUGGAGGAUCUUUUACGCCAUUUUUACUUUGCUGCAGACACUGAGUUUGAGUGGGACAAGAUGGGUCACAUACACAGUAUUUGGAUUAAUAGCUCUUUAUGGGUCUGGAAACGGGAGCCUGGGGGUUAACCGUCUCUUCACGUCUAUGGCAAUCCUCAAUAUUUUCAUGGAGCGCCUGGAAAUACUCAUCCGCCAGAUGCCAAGAAUCGCGAGCGCGUUUGGAUGCAUUCGGCGCAUUGAAGUGUUUCUCAAGGCCGAGACGAAAAGAGACAACAGAAUGGUCAUAGAACAAGAGCGCGAAGUCAUCGACCCUUAUUUCGGGCACGAACUGGUUACCAUUCAGCGGCAGACUGAAGAUGCAAUUGUCAUUAGAGAUCUCAGCACGGGUUGGACGGAAGAUCAUGCAGUACUCAAAGAUAUAACGUUACAGAUUCCGGUGGGAAAUUUCGCAAUGAUUAUUGGGCCUAUUGGCAGUGGCAAAUCAACUCUGAUACAGGCCUUACUUGGAGAGACAGUCACCCAUAGAGGAUUUAUCACAAUGGGCUCGACCGACUCCAUUGCCUUCUGUGCCCAAACACCUUGGCUAGUAAACAAGUCUAUCCAGAAGAACAUUCUAGGAACGUCGUUAUUUAAUGGCCCCUGGUACAAAAAGGUUUUAACUGCAUGUGCUCUAUUUGAAGACCUGAAAAACUAUCCCGCCGGCGAUCGAACACUUGUCGGCUCAAAGGGUAUUACCUUGAGUGGAGGCCAGAAACAAAGAAUUGCCCUUGCAAGAGCCGUAUAUUCGAAGAAGCCAAUCAUGCUUUUGGAUGACAUCUUCAGUGGUUUAGAUCCAGUCACAGAGGAAACUAUAUUUCAAAGCCUUUUGGGUGAGAAUGGGAUUCUUAGGCAAGAAUCUACAACUGUUAUCCUGGCCACACACGCCGUCCAUUUACUUCCCUCAACAGAUCUUCUCGUCGUUCUCGGAGACAAUGGAACCAUUAAGUAUCAGGGAACUCCAGCUAACCUCCCACCAAAUUUGGUAUCUAUGCGAGACGUGUCUGCUGUUGGACAGAAACGUGACUCUCAAACGGACGAUUCUAGCGUGAGAGAGUUAUCAGUCGACUUAGAGGAUACUGAAAUCUCUUUGAAUCCAGAACUACCCACUGCCGAUGCUGCGACCACCGAUGCUUCAAGGCAAACUGGUGACCUACGAGUCUAUUGGUACUACCUAAAGACAAUGGGGUUGAAGCACACGCUUCUAUUUGCCAUAUUAGGGGCAAUAUGCAUGGGAUUUGGACCUGCACAAAAUCUAUGGCUAAAUGCUUGGGCAAGCGAUGAGGACUCUGGCCAUAUUAGUUACUAUGUUGGCAUAUAUAGUAUUUUCUUCGUCCUGGAGAUAUUACUAACGACGAUUUGGAUAUGGCACGUACUAAUCUUUCCGUUAUCGGCUUCUUCAAUCAAGCUGCAUGAUAGCCAACUUAAUGCUGCACUUAGUGCUACAAUGGCCUUCUUUAGCAACACAGAUACUGGCGUAACAAUUAAUAGGUUUAGCCAAGACCUUAUGCUCACCGACAAUGAGCUGCCCCUGACUUUAAUCGAUUGUGUCGAGUACAUAUACACUUGCAUAUACCGAAUGGUUCUCAUCGGUCUGGCAACAGCAUACGUUGCUAUAACCUUCCCGUUCGUCCUUGCCACAUUUUAUUUCGUCCAACGAUUCUACCUUCGAACCUCGCGACAAGUUCGAUUCCUUGAUCUAGAGACCAAGGCACCCCUCUACACGAAUUUUAUUGAGUCUUUGGCAGGGCUGGCAACACUUCGAGGAUUCGGUUGGGAGGAAGAGUUCAAACGCCAAAACAACGAGUACUUGCAAGCCUCCCAGAGACCAUUUUUCCUCUUGGCGACAAUCCAGCGUUGGCUUGCUCUGGUUCUUAACUUGAUAGUUUCUGGAAUUGCAAUAAUUGUUGCAGUAAUGGCCGUGCAGUUACGGGGUUCCAUUGAUCCUGGUUUCUUGGGUCUUGCUUUGGUCAAUAUCAUGACACUGGGCACAAGUCUCCAGUCACUCGUUAGCUUUUGGACGGAUCUUGAGACCUCCAUCGGUGCUGUUUCUCGGAUCAGAGCAUUUUCCGAGAAUACACCUUCUGAAGAUCCAUUUAAACUUGCAAAGGCCCCAGGCGGUUGGUUAAAGUCCGGCCAAAUAGAUAUCAAGCACAUGUAUGCCGGCCAUGGCCCAGAUUCUGAGCCUGUUCUACACGAUAUUAAUUUGUCAAUCGCGCCGGGCCAACAUGUCGGUAUUUGCGGCCGUAGCGGAAGUGGAAAGAGUUCACUGCUUAGCACCAUUUUCCGCAUUAUGGAUGUAAAAUCGGGAUCAAUAAUCAUAGACGGCAUCGAUAUUUCGAGCAUUGCGAUAAACCAGUAUCGAGGCAGCAUUAAUGCUCUGGCCCAAGAUGCCUUCUUUCUGCCAGGUACCAUAAGAGAUAACCUCAUCUCGGCCAAUGCUGUCGAUCUAUCAGAUGAACAAUUGGAGAGAGUGUUGCAGCGAACUGGCUUGUGGGAUAAAAUCCAAGAUAUUGGAGGAUUGGAUACCCCGCUGGAUGCAGAGGCAUCUCUAAGCCACGGCGAAAGACAGCUCUUCUGCCUCGCAAGGGCUAUGCUCAACCAGAGCCGCGUCUUAGCUCUGGAUGAAUUUACAAGCAAUGUUGAUAUCGACACCGACAAAGCUAUGCAGAAAAUCAUCCGGGAAGAUUUCGGACACAAGACAAUUCUUGCCGUUGCGCACAGAUUGGAUACAAUACUCGAUUUUGACAGGAUUGUGGUUCUUGAUAGGGGGCGGAUCAUCGAAGACGGUUCGCCCAGCGAGCUUUUGAGCCGCGACUCGGCAUUCAAGGUAUUGUAUGAUGCGUAUCGAAGCGAGAAGACGAAUUAGAGACAAGUUUGGAAUGCAGUUUAAGAUAGCUAAACAGGGGUUAAGUGACUAAAUAUAUGACUGAGUGUAUGGUUG